UUGUCUGGGUGAGGAAUAAAGCUACAGGCAUCUGCUAAUACUCAGCGUGGAUAUAUUACAUUGACAGUAAAUAUAUAUAUAUAUUUUUAUUUUCGUCUAAACGCAUCAUGUUGUGACGUUAUGUCAUGCUUAUUUUUAUAUAUGCGCAUCUACAUCGAGUGUCUGGUAAAAAGAUAUAACACGCAAGAUUGUCUUUUAGGAAGGGUUGAUUAGCUGCUUCUUCUCUCUGAAGGAAUAAUUUUAAAAUAUAUUCGUGUUAUUAACAUGCACUAUAAGAUCUGCGGUUUGGAUACGUGUCGAAUUGUAUCCAGAUGAUGAAAGCAGGGGGCAGCUAUUUUCUUCAUGUUGCAGAGAUGGAUGGGAAAACAGCUUCAUCAGCGAUGGAAGCCUUGGCUCGGAUCAGCUCUAACAUGAAGAGUUUGGAGCACGAGUUGCAUUGCCAUGUGUGUAAGGAGAUUGUCAAGCAGCCUGUGGUCCUGCCGUGCCAGCACAGCGUUUGCCUGAUGUGUGCCUCUGAGGUCUUGGUGGCUAACGGCUACCCUCCCCCUGAGCUCCCCCCGGAGCCAAAUUCUCCAGCCUCUACACCCAACACUCGCUCUCCUCGACAAGCACGUAGGCCCACUCCCAAACAUGAGCAGCGGCCCAUUGACCGCGUGCUACGAUCAGGUCCCCAUCCGCCUUCACCAUCCAUGCCUCGUUCUCCUGGACAUGGGACAUAUCCAGGGCGACGCCGUAAGGAGGGUCCUCCUCUGGUGAUGAUGUUCCCUUGCAUCCCCUGCGGCCAGGAUGUUGAGCUGGGGGAGAAGGGGCUGACUGAUUGCCUCCGCAACCUCACAUUGGAACGUAUCGUGGAAAGAUACAGACACACAGUGAGCCUGGGCAGUGUUGCUGUGAUGUGCCAGUUCUGUAAGCCUCCUCAAACUCUGGAGGCCACGAAGGGCUGUGCUGACUGCCGUUCUAAUUUCUGCAACGAGUGUUUUAAGCUGUACCACCCAUGGGGAACACCACGAGCACAACAUGAGCACAUCCAGCCAACGCUCAACUUCAGACCAAAGGUCCUGACCUGCACGGAGCACGAGCAGGAGAAGCUGCAGUUUUAUUGCAGGUCCUGCCAGCGGCUGCUCUGCCCGCUCUGCAAACUACGGCGCAUCCACACUGGACACAAAAUCCUCCCGGUGGCACAGGCUUACCAAGCUCUCAAGGAGAAGAUAACUAAAGAGAUGAACUACAUCCUGUCCAGCCAGGACACAGUUCUGGCUCAGAUCACCCAGCUGGAGAGCGCCAUCACUCAGACUGAGGUUAACAGCGUUUCAGCCAGGGAGCAGCUGGCCCAGAGCAUCAGGGAUCUGACGGCUGCUCUUGCCGAGCGUCACGCCUCGCUCACCCAGGCUCUGGAAGCGGCACGGCAAAAACGAGGCGAGGCGCUGUCCGCUCAGGUGGCAGAGAGACGCGGCCUCAUGGAACACGCGGGGCUCAUGGCUUUCACCCAGGAGCUGCUGAAAGAAACAGACCAGCCCUGCUUCGUGCAGGCCGCUCGCCAAACUCACAACAGGCUGAGCAAAGCAAUUGAGAAUCUCCAGCAUUUCACUUUGGCUGCUGAUCCAUCCUUCAGACACUUCCAGCUGGAUGUCUCCAAAGAGCUCAAACUCUUGACAGAGCUGAACUUCAUCCAGGCUCCUCUGGCUCCUGUGAUCGACACCCAGCGCUCUAUGGCGUACGACCAGCUCUUCCUGUGCUGGCGGCUGCCUCAGGAGUCUGCGCCCGCCUGGCACUUUUCUGUGGAGUAUCGCCGCCGAGGCGUGGUGCCCGGCGGAGCUUCCAGAGGUGGGAUCAGAGGGGGGCUCGCUGCUGCCAGAUGGGGCUGGCAGCGGCUAGAUGAAGUGAGCGGAACCAGCGCUGUGAUCGACAGGUUGGAGAUGGACAGCGUGUACGUGCUGCGCGUGAGGGGCUGCAACAAGGCAGGUUACGGGGAGUACAGUGAGGAGGUGUACCUGCACACCCCGCCUGCCCCAGUGCUUAACUUCUACCUUGACUCUCGUUGGGGUCUCCAUGCUGACCGGCUGGUGGUCAGCAAAGAGCAGCGUGGGGCUCGAAGCGUCCCCGGUCUCUCCCUGCUGCAGGCCGCCGACCACGCCCUCACUUCUUGCCACCUAACGUCUGACCUCCUGGUGGGAGAUGUAGCCAUUACACAAGGAAGGCACUACUGGGCAUGCUCAGUUGAGCCUGGAUCCUACCUUGUAAAGGUAGGAGUUGGGUUGGAAUCCAAACUGCAGGAGUGGUUUCACCUCCCACAGGACAUGGCCAGUCCGCGCUAUGACCCAGACAGCGGCCACGACAGUGGAGCAGAGGAUGCGCUAGAUGCUGCUCCACCCUUCUGCUUCCUCACUAUGGGCAUGGGUAAGAUAUACCUGCCCCAGCACAGCUACCAUCACCACAACAACCACGGUAAUAACAAUCGAGACCCCCUCACCAACAACAACGUCCCCUCUUCACCCACGGGCCUCACCUACCCGCUGCCACCCAGACUUGGCGUGUGCCUUGACUUUGAGAAAGGGCGUGUCACGUUCUACGACGCCCACUCCCUGCGGCCCCUCUGGGAGGGUCAUGUCGAUUGCUCCGGGCCUGUUUGCCCUGCUUUCUGUUUCAUCGGUGGAGGCGCCCUGCAGCUGCAGGAGCUGGUGGCCAAUCGCAAUGCAGAUCAGACACCGGUCAGGAGGGUAACCAUCCAACCCCGUGUCUCUAAUUUAAACAACAACAACAACAACUGAUCCCGGAUCAGACAUGCUAACGGUAAUCUGGAAUGUAUUUGGCAAGUAUUUACUCAGCUACAGCAAAAAGGUAGACAUCUCAGCGAUUUCUUUGUUUUGUAUUUCAUUUUAUUUAAAAAAACAAGAUGUUUCUAUAGCAACAAAUAUGCAAUGUAAUUAUGUUUCUUACAGUUUGUUACAUGCAGUUUUGCAACAGUUAUUGCUUAAGUAGUGUCUGGUAAAUCCAGCACUCAGUAUGUAAUUAUAUAUUCAGUGCUUGCACUUGUAGCCAGCCUAUGUUGCAUAUACAUCUAUAAAGCUUAUAUAAAAAAAAGCGCAACACAGUUUUCUCUAUAAUGUAUAGGCUUUUGUCAUCUAUGUCCUUAAUGUCUGCCUUUGUUACGUAUUCAGGACCCUCCACGUUUAUUGACACCCCUGGGAAAGUUGCAUGAAAAGUCAAAUAUGUUCAACUUUUGAGCAUAACCUCAGAAUGAAAAAUAUUUAAAAAUCCAAACUUUAGUUUGAGCUUAUCUAUUCUUAACAUGUCAGCACUAGUCCAAUUACUGGAAACAAUGCAGUCAAUACUGUCUGCAACACCCUUUUGGUAUUUGGACAGAACUUUGUCAGUGUUGGCUUUUAACAUGGUACAUAUGGGCAGUUGCCCAGGGUGGCAUUGAAAGGAGGGAGUUGAUUUGCACUGUAAGUUUUCUUUUGCUUCUUUGUAUGUUCAGUUAAUGGGCAGUUGCUGCUGAAGGUAGGCACUAUUUUAUGUGCUUUAUGCACUGUACUGCAUUUUAUCCCGCACCAGACUUUGGAUGAUUUCCUGCAUUUGACUGAUUAUAGGAUGGCAGAAGGAGGAGGUCACUUAGGAUGCUAUUCGUGGCAAAGAAGGAUCUUUGACCUUUCCUCUUUCCUCAUUGCACAAACUCACUAGAUCAUCCAGAGUCUUGGGCCCCAUCUUAUGCUCACUUCUUUUCAGCUAACCCAACAGAAUGUGUCUGAUUUUCUAAUAUUUAGGUCUGCUGAAAAAUUUCUCUGUUGAUUUGCUCGCAUGUUUUGAAUCACUAUUCUGUUGAAAGACCCAAUGACCCAUUUUUUACUUUUUGAUAGUGUUCCUCAGAUUUAUUUAUCUAAAAUCUCCUGGUAUUUCAAGGCGUUCACAAUGCUAUACAUUCUAAUGCCUUUAGGAGAGAAACACUCCCACAUCAUAAUAGGUCCUCCACCAUACUUAACAGCAUAUGAGGUGGGAUGUCUGGAUCGAGGCACUCUGCUUGCUUAGCCAAAAACAAAUCAUGUCAAGUAUAGCUUUCAGCAUGAAUUUAUUUCAUAGUAAUUGCUGACACCAGUAAAAACUCUCUUAAUAUGAUUUUAUUCCCCUAUUGGAUUAAUGUGCUCGAAUUAAAGGCUGGAUUUUUCUGAAAUGUUCAGUGUGAGAUUAUGUUUCUGAGACAAAAGAUGAAUUUAUUUUAAGGCUUUUUACUCAUAUCUGUCAGAGAUGACACUGAAUGUGAGAGGGGCUGUGUAAGUGCAUUACAGAAAAAGCCUAAAAUAUUUUAUUGCUUCUAUAAGUAUAUCUGUUUUUCACCACAGCUACUGUUAGCCAUUAUGAUCUCAGCCAAAGUUAUUGUUUUAUGGGAUGUAAAUGUGUUAAAUUAGAGGUGCAGCGUAACAAUAAUGCACUGUGCCAAUUAGAGGCUCAAAUUAUACCUCUGCAGCACAGCUAAUCACUAGUUUUCAAAGUUUUGUUUGUGCAUUGCUGUUUCGUAUUUCAAACACAUCUGUCUGAUGUUAGAGUGUGUGUGUAGAAGAGUCUGGUUUCACAGAUAACAAAAACAAUAGGCUGACAAGUAAACCUUUUUUUGCUUGAUUGUAAAUGAAUGAGCAACACUUGUGAUUAAAAGAGUAGCAGAUUAACUAAGAGGAAUUUUCACCUGCUGGGAGAGUGUUUGCUAAAGUAUAACGAAAGAAAUUAACACGGAAUAAAGUGAAAUUGUUUAAAUUA